AUGCCUCUACGAGUUGUCGUGCAAGGUCCUGGACCUUGGGGAUUCCGUCUAGUUGGUGGGAAGGAUUUUGAACAACCCUUGACUAUCUCGCGGGUAAGUGUUUCAGAGAAUCUGCCACUUUUGUUACAAUGUAACCGCAUCUGGCCUUGUCCGGUGGCGGAAUUUUCACUUGCAGACUCGAGUACACUCUCCUCGAGAGAAGCGCUCGUUCUCGCAGCUGUAAAGACCAUUAUUGUGAUAACCUCAGCAAUUAUCAAAUGCCAUUUGAGGGUCAGCUUCAAUGCAGAUUGUAUUGUGCAAAGUGUGCUGAUAUGCUACUACUACGUUUGUUUGCCCAUGAAUGAGCCUAGUCUAUUUCUAGAUGACAAUCUUCCAUUGUUUGACAAUGGCCAAUACAUCCAGCCAACCCUGUUAUCUUUUUAAUCUUCAUUCGGAAUUGAUAUUUUCGUUUUUGUUAAACGUGGUCGCAUACAAAACGGAGGGAGAUUUUCAGUUCUUCCAGUAAAUGUUUUUGUAAAAUUUUCUGUGUAAAUUGUUCAAAGUAGUCCUUGUGCAUAGAGUUGUAUGGUUUGUUAAAAUUUGAAAUCAAUGUUUUUUUGUUUGGCAUACAUUUUAAAGUGAAAAAUCUGAGUCAAAGCGUAGUUCCGUUACGGUGUUAUUGCCCUUGGGUAAAACAUAUGUAUGGUUAACAACAUUAGCGUGAGCAACAAUACUGGAAUCGGGGUUUCGCCUUCAAAAUAAAAGAUCCUCAUUAGCUAUGUUUCCGUCUAAAGGCAACAGAUUUUCAUGCGAAUAUUCAAAAAUCUGCACAUUUUCCCACCAGAGAUGUUUCCAUCAAAUUGAUAUGUUGCAGAUAAAAGGCUGUGCGUGAUGACGUGGUGCACAUAAAAAUUCAUUUUGCGGUUAAAUCCCCCAUGUACCGAAUAAAAAAUCCAAGUUGAAGUGGUUUCUAUCACAUUUAACUCUACUGAUGUUUUUUUCCCCACUGGCAAGUGCGCUCUAGCAAACAGUGCUAUCUGCGAGCUGUUGGUUAGCGCUCACGAAUAGCCUACAUAAUGAGAUUAUUAUUAUGGAUUGAAGAGCGAGAUUAAUUUUAUUUGUCAAACGGCAGCCAAGUAUCGAUUAUCAUGUCACCAGAAUAAGACCCUCAAUAUUUAUUGUUAAGGAGCAUCAAGCUCCUGUGAAGUUCAUCAUUUAUUUCGUCUGCAGCCUAAUAAACUGCAUGCUUUCCGGAAGAGUCGUAGUGGUAGGACCACAAAACAUGUCAUCGCGUGACUCCAAAUUUACUUCGAUAGGAUGGUUAUUAUAUCAAUAUUUGCACAUAAAAGCAUUUCCACCGACAUUUCUCUCAUAACUACCGACACAAAAACAUCCAACCUUGUCUAGUGUAUUUUGUUUUGUUGACAUUUGGAAAGUUCACCGAAAAAUGUUCAGUUUCCAUCUGGCCUGUGAUUACAUUUUUUUAUCCAACAUGUACUUUACUCGCAUAAAAAGGUUGGAUGGAAACCUGGUUACUGAAAGUUAUGCAAAUAUUUGAAAUCAUGCCAUAUUUGGACUAGAUAAUGCUAAACAAGGUUGGAAUUUUGUUAAAUAUAUAAUAAAAUACUAAUUAGUUAGUUGCAAUCGCACUGUGGAUGUAUUAGACUGCAGAAUUUCAAUUCUGUCAUACUUCUAUUUCACUGUACAGCCUUACCUAUGGAUUGUGGAUGAAUGAAAUGUUGUAUCAGUCUACUCAGUGACACCCACAGAACACAACUGUAAAGAGUUUACACAUAUAUUAGCUUUGUAGCUCUUACUUUGACUGUGGGAAAUAACCUCACUAUCCAGCCUAUUGUGCUUAUUGACAUUCAUAUUGCAAUGUACAGCCUUAACCUAUGGAUUGUCUACUCGGUGACACCCACAGAACAACUGAAGAGCAAGACCACAUCACAUCCCUUGAGACUGCAGUGUUUUCCCUACAUUUUCAUAGCACUGAACUGCUCUGUCUUCUCCAACCUAAAUAAUAUUUGGGUGGCAGGUAGCCUAGCGGCUAAGGUUGCUGGUUCGAAUUCCUGAGCAGACUAGGUGAGAAAUGUGCCCUUGAGCAAAGCACUUAAUCCUAAUUGUUCCUGUAAAUCACUGUCUGCUAAAUGACUAAAAUGUCAAUAUUUGGCCUCAAAGUUUAGCACACAUCGUUGUCUCAGAAGUACAUAUUGAGGAAACACUGGCAAGGUGUAUUGAGGGCUUCAGUACAAAAGGACUAUGAACCCUUUGAAGUGUUGUAGAUCAAAUCAAAUCAGUGAUGCAGCCAGUCAGGAUGCGCUCGAUGGUGCAGCUGUAGAACCUUUUGAGGGUCUGAGGACCCGUGCCAAAUCUUUUCAGUCUCCUUAGGGGCAAUAGGUUUUGUGAUGCCCUCUUCAUGACUGUCUUGGUGUGUUUGGACCAUGUUAGUUUGUUGGUGAUGUGGACACCAAGGAACUUGAAGCUCUCAACCUGCUCCACUACAGCCCUGUCGAUGAGAAUGGGGGCGUGCUCGGUCCUGUUCUUUUUCCUGUAGUCCACAAUCCACUCCUUUGUCUUGAUCACAUUGAGGGAGAGGUUGUUGUCCUGGCACCACACGGCCAGGUCUCUGACCUCCUCCCUAUAGGCUGUCUCGUCGUUGUUGGUGAUCAGGCCUACCACUGUUGUGUCAUUGGCAAACUUAAUGAUGGUGUUGGAGUCGUGCCUAGACAUGCAGUCAUGAGUGAACAGGGCGUACAGGAGGGGACUGAGUACGCACCCCUGAGGGGCCCACGUGUUGAGGAUCAGCGUGGCAGAUGUGUUGUUACCUAAUCUUACCACCUGGGGGCGGCCCGUCAAAGUCCAGGAUCCAGUUGCAGAGGGAGGUGUUUAGUCCCAGGGUCCUUAGCUUAGUGAUGAGCUUUGAGGGCACUAUGGUGUUGAACGCUGAGCUGUAGUCAAUGAAUAGCAUUCUCACAGAAGUGUUCCUUUUGUCCAGGUGUGAAAGGGCAGUGUGGAGAGCAAUAGAGAUUGCAUCAUCUGUUGGGGCGGUCUGCAAAUUGGAGUGGGUCUAGGGUUUCUGGGAUAAUGGUGUUUAUGUGAGCCAUGACCAGCCUUUCAAAGCAUGUCAUGGCUACAGAUGUGGGUGCUAUGGGUCGGUAGUCAUGUAGGCAGGUUACCUUAGUCCCUGUGCCCAAGAACACUAUGGUGGUCUGCUUGAAACAUGUUGGUAUUACAGACUCAAACAGGGAGAGGUUGAAAAUGUCAGUGAAGACACUUGCCAGUUGGUCAGCGCAUGCUCGGAGUACACGUCCUGGUAAUCCAUCUGGCCCUGCAGACUUGUGAAUGUUGACAUGUUUAAAGGUCUUACUCACAUCGGCUACGGAGAGCGCGAUCACACAGUCGUCCGGAACAGCUGAUGCUCUCAUGCAUGUUUCAGUGUUACUUGCCUCAAAGCGAGCAUAGAAGUAAUUUAGCUCAUCUUGUAGGCUCGUGUCACUGGGCAGCUCGCGGCUGUGCUUCCCUUUGUAGUCUGUAAUAGUUUGCAAGCCCUGCCACAUCCGACGAGCGCCGGAGCCGGUGUAGUACGAUUCGAUCUUAGUCCUGUAUUGACGCUUGCCUGUUUGAUGGUUCGUCAGAGGGCAUAGCGGGAUUUCUUAUAAGCUUCCGGGUAGAGUCCCGCUCCUUGAAAGCGGCAGCUCUACCCUUUAGCUCAGUGCGGAUGUUGCCUGUAAUCCAUGGCUUCUGGUUGGGGUAUGUACGUACAGUCACUGUGGGAUGAUGUCAUCAAUGCACUUAUUGAUGAAGCCAGUGACUGAUGUGGUGUACUCCUCAAUGCCAUCGGAAGAAUCCCAGAACAUAUUCCAGUCUGUGCUAGCAAAACAGUCCUGUAGCUUAGCAUCUGCUUCAUCUGACCACUUUUUUUUGUUGACCGAGUCACUGGUGCUUCCUGCUUUAGUUUUUGCUUGUAAGCAGGAAUCAGGAUAAUAGAAUUAUGGUCAGAUUUGCCAAAUGGAGGGCGAGGGAGAGCUUUGUACGCGUCUCUGUGUGUGGUGUAAUGGUCUAAGGCGCCGCAUCACAGUGCAAACUGUGCCACUAGAGAUCCUGGUUCGAAUCCAGGCUCUGUCGCAGCCGGCCGCGACCGGGAGACCCAUUGGGGCGGCGCACAAUUGGCCCAGCGUCCUCCAGGGUAUGGGGGAGGGAAUGGCCGGCAGGGAUGUAGCUCAGUUGAUAGAGCAUGGCGUUUGCAACGCCAGGGUUGUGGGUUUCGAUUCCCACGGGGGGCAAGUAUAAAAAAUAAUAAUAUAUGUAUUCACUAACUGUAAGUCGCUCUGGAUAAGAGCGUCUGCUAAAUGACUAAAAUGUAAAUGGUGUAAAGGUGGUCUAGAGUUUUUUUCCCUCUGGUUGCACAUUUAACAUGCUAGUAGAAAUGAGGUAAAACGGAUUUAAGUUUCUCUGCAUUAAAGUCUCUGCAUAUUGUAAUCUGAUUAUAGAUACUUUUGGAAAAACUAGGUGAUUAUUUAUUGGAUUACUUUUGAAUUCAGAAAGAAUGUUUGCAGAAAAAUACGUUAUGACACCUUUCUGUUUUCUCAAUGACAUUCAUGUCAGCAUUGAAAUAAAGCGCAAAUUUAACUUUGUUCUACCUGAGCGAGCAAGUCUGGCCACAAGUCAGUCCACUAUGAUGACACGCAGGUUGACGUUUAUUGGGAUGAGUCUUGUUCUUGAGGCAGAACUGAGUGAUUUCCACUAGAUAGGUCAGCUGCAAAGUCAAAAUUGGCUAAAAAAAACAACAAUAAUUUGUAAUUAUUUUAAGGUUAGGCAUUAGGGUAAGUAUGUUGAUGAUGAUGUACUGUUUGUUUCAGGUCACUCAUGGCAGUAAGGCUGCCCAGGCCAAUCUGUGUAUCGGGGAUCAGAUCCUGGCCAUAGAUGGAGAGCCCACUGAGAACAUGACUCACCUGCAGGCACAGAACAAGAUCAAGGGCUGCUUAGAGGAAAUUGUCCUCUCUAUCGACAGGUAAGGAGUUGCAUGGACAUGUUGCAGUUUUCCAUAGACUCGGAUGAGUUCAAAAAGCACUGAGUCAUGGUCCAACUCAGCAAAAGCACAGAAUAUCUUAUACCUGAUGUGGUUAUUUGUAAGGGAUACAGAUUUGUAUGGUUCAAAUUGUUAAAUGGGGAGGGGGAAUACAUCUUGGAUUUGUUUAGGUCUGAGAUUAAAUGUUGAUGUACCAACUUCACAUACGUGUUUAAGCAAUAAGGCAUGAGAACCCGGGGAUUAUCGUGUGAUAACUAAACGACUAAGGGCUGUUAGGCCCGAGAUGAAAGCGUGAAACAGCCGUUAGGAGGGAGUUAUCACACGAUAAUUCCCGGGUUCUCAUGCCUUUAUAGAUGUGUUGGUUGUUUAGAAACAAAACUGAUGUGUGUGCAACUAUGGGGCAAAACAGACAGGGUUGGCUUAGAUUGUUGACAACAUGUAAGCUAUAUUUCGUCUCAAUGUUUAUUGAAAACAUAAAUAUAUUUGCACAAUGAGCCAUAUUUUUUCCAUAUUAGCAUUGACAUGAAAUCAGUCAAAACACCUUAAAACAAGACAUGGUAUCAAGAACAAGAUGAAACAAACUGAAACGAGCCACUGACGAUUCCCCACAAGUCAGUUUCUUGUCAUUCUUGCUAGCAAUCUGGCCAUCCAGAAUCACAACAACACGCUGACAUCUGCCCCAUGGAAGCGCACACAUCGUUUUCGUGACUUGUCAGCUAACCCAUCUAUUGCUUUUAUAAAAUGGUUGCCAACAUAAUAAAAUAAAAAGAUUAGCGACAUUUUAAUGAGUAAAUGUGUUUUAUUUAAUCCCUCCACCAGUCGUUCAUUCUAUUCAUUCCACGUUGCUAUGCUAAACAAAUCAUUGGCAUGUAGCUAGCUAGUAGAAGUUCAAUGAUGACGACAGACAAGAACUUCAUUUAAAGAUUUAAUAAAUAAUGUAUAAAUAGGCAACAACCAGCUGAUUGUCAAUAAAAUAGUUAUGGAGGAUAGCUAGGCUAACAUUACUUCUCCUUAGCUUUAGUUGGCUAGCUAGCAAGCAAACACAAACAUAUCAAGUAGCUGAAAUGACAGCAAAGUAUGUGUAUUUUCUUUUUUUUAACCUUCAUUUCCAUUAUAAUGAUCCCGAUAAAUGAAUUAGCCAGGAUCAGAGAAGCUGUCAGUCUCGUCACGUUCAUAUGCAUGGCACGGUGGAGAUUGCAAAUAAAACCUGAAACAUGUUGCACAUGUCGGAAAGGCAUACAGUGAGGCUUAUAUUAACUCCCACUGUACCAAACAAAAUGCUAGGCAAGAAGCAUGGGGAAAUAAUGUCUAGACGCUUUUUUCCGGGGGAGAUGAAGUUCAUGAAUGCCUGGUUGGGCUGUGUGACAGUGGAUGCGCAUUGAUACUUGAAAUGUAAUUAUGGCAUCAUGGCAUUUGGGAGUUAAUUAUUGUGAAUAACUAACGACUAUCAACCAAUCAGCAUCCAGGAUACAAACUUACCGUUUUAUAACAUGGCAUAACUCUGUUGUGCAGUGGUGCUUUCUCAAAAUAGGUUAUUUUUAGAAAUGGUUGUAGUCCCAUCAACAGGUUUGAGGACUGCUGUGUACUCAUUUUUAUUAUAUUUUGGAUAUCUCUAUUUAUUGCAAGUCUGAAUACUGUGUUUGACUGUCUUUUUAGAUCAGAAUCUAAAAUGUGGUCACCGCUCUCUUCUGAGGAAGGAAAGACCAACCCUUACAAGAUGAGUCUUGCAUCUGAGCCGCAGGUGUGUUUGCCUUACAUCCUACUUCACUCAGACCAAAGAUAUCAUUAGGAAAUGAGGCAUUAAGUUGACUUAUGGGUAUGUCCCUGCUCUUUCAUCGAGUAUUAACUGGUAAAUCUCCAUACUCAGAGGAAACCUUUCACAUCCCCACUACACAAACAAUGCCUUAGGGUUUUGAUACUGCCAAUAAUGAAGUCAUUGUUUACUUCUCAACUGAUUAUUUCCUAGGAGACCGACGUUUUUAUCAGCCACGCUCUGACGCAAGACUCAGUUCCUGCUUACUGAAUGGAAAAUUGAGAGCAAAGUGUGAAUUAAUGUAGGAAGCGUGUGCUUUCUCAGUCCUCCACAGCUUUCAGGGAUGUGUCACAAACAGUGCAUUUUGGUCACAGAAUACAUAGAAAAAUAUGUUUUACGCAUACAAGCCAUUUUAAAUGCUGUUUCACGUGGUUAUUUUUGUCACUGUUAAUGAAUCGAACAAAUUACCUGGGGUGAGUUUCCAGAAAGCUUUGUAGCUAAUGUACCACUUUAUUUCUCUCAUAAUUGACAACCCAGCCACACACCCCUGAGAUGUGUGAGCGAAUGAGCUAAAUUUGGCAUAUAAAGCACUGGUGUGUUACGAAGCUUUCGGGUAACUCGCUUCUCUAAAUAAUUUCAUUGGAUAAGCAAUGUGAUGCAUUUAUCACAAUGUCCAUGUAAUGUCAAAUGCGUUUGUGUGUGCCAAAUUGCCUGGUUUUUUUUUGUUUUGUUAUGUCUUCGUGAAAAUAUGCAUGGACCAUGAGCUAGAGUUGAAGGUAUUUUGUGUUUUCACUGACUGUGUCGUAUCUUCACUUCCUGUUUACAGUAAUGGUGUGCUUGCAUGUCACCAUAUUUUGUCUCGCCCCUUGUUUACCGCUAUUAUGAUAUGAAGGGGGUACCUAAAUAACCUUUUGACUAUGCUAUUCUUUACCUCUAAUAUCCACAAAUUAGUCAAGUAACUGUCAUACUAUUUCUAUCAAGGCAUGUGUGUGAGAGAUGGCAUUGAAAUUAGAGUUAUAUUUAGAAUAUAUUUCCAGUACUCAUUACUUUGUGUAUCCCUGGCUACAACUUGCAGGAGGUGAAACACAUAGGUUCCGCCCACAACAGGAGCGCCCUGCCAUUCGCUGGGUUCGGCCCCAAGGUGGUAACCAAUCAGUACAACAACCCUGCCGGUCUGUACUCCUCAGAGAAUAUCAAGGACUUCAACGCGACCGUGGAUGACGUGAAAACCAUCGCCACUGCCGCUAACGAGCCCUGCACCAUGUAAGGAUCUAUCCCAGCUGGUUGUAAUAAUGUCAUUCCAAUCAAAUCAAAUUAUAUUUGUUGCAUGCUUUGUAAACAACUGGUGUAGACUAACAGUGAAAUGCUUUCGUAUGGGCUCUUCCCAACAAUGCAGAGAGAGAGAAAAAAGAGAUAGUAGAAAAUAAUCUAUGAAUAAUAACACAAGGAAUAAAUACACAAUGAGUAACGAUAACUUGGCUAUAUUCACGGGGUACCAGUACAGAGUCAAUGUGCAGGGGUACGAGGUAGUUGAGGUAGAUAUGUACAUGUACAGUUGAAGUCGGAAGUUUACAUGCACUUAGGUUGGAGUCAUCAAAACUCGGUUUUCAACCACUCCACAAAUUUGUUGUUAACAAACUAUAUUUUUGGCAAGUCGGUUAGGACAUCUACUUUGUGCAUGACACAAGUCAUUUUUCCAACAAUUGUUUACAGACAGAUUAUUUCACUUAUAAUUCACUGUAUCAUAAUUCACUGUAUCACAAUUCCAGUGGGUCAGAAGUUUACAUACACUGAGUUGACUGUGCCUUUAAACAGAUUGGAAAUUUCCAGAAAAUUAUGUCAUGGCUUUAGAAGCUUCUGAUAGGCUAAUUGACAUCAUUUUAGUCAAUUGGAGGUGUACAUGUGGAUGUAUUUCAAGGCCUACCUUCAAACUCAGUGCCUCUUUGCUUGACAUCAUGGGAAAAUCAAAAGAAAUCAGCCAAGACCUCAGGAAAAAAAAUGGUAGACCUCCACAAGUCUGGUUCAUUCUUGGGAGCAAUUUCCAAACGCCUGAAGGUACCAGGUUCAUCUGUACAAACAAUAGUACGCAAGUAUAAACACCAUGGGACCACGCAGCCGUCAUACUGCUCAGGAAGGAGACGCGUUCUGUCUCCUAGAGAUUAACGUACUUUGGUGCGAAAAGUGCAAAUCAAUUCCAGAACAACAGCAAAGGACCUUGUGAAGAUGCUGGAGGAAACGGGUACAAAAGUAUCUACAGUGGGGAGAACAAGUAUUUGAUACACUGCCGAUUUUGCAGGUUUUCCUACUUACAAAGCAUGUAGAGGUCUGUAAUUUUUAUCAUAGGUACACUUCAACUGUGAGAGACAGAAUCUAAAACAAAAAUCCAGAAAAUCACAUUGUAUGAUUUUUAAGUAAUUAAUUUGCAUUUUAUUGCAUGACAUAAGUAUUUGAUACAUCAGAAAAGCAGAACUUAAUAUUUGGUACAGAAACCUUUGUUUGCAAUUACAGAGAUACGUUUCCUGUAGGUCUUGACCAGGUUUGCACACACUGCAGCAGGGAUUUUGGCCCACUCCUCCAUACAGACCUUCUCCAGAUCCUUCAGGUUUCGGGGCUGCCGCUGGGCAAUAAGGACUUUCAGCUCCCUCCAAAGACUUUCUAUUGGGUUCAGGUCUGGAGACUGGCUAGGCCACUCCAGGACCUUGAGAUGCUUCUUACGGAGCCACUCCUUAGUUGCCCUGGCUGUGUGUUUUGGGUCAUUGUCAUGCUGGAAGUCCCAGCCACGACCCAUCUUCAAUGCUCUUACUGAGGGAAGGAGGUUGUUGUCUAAGAUCUCGCGAUACAUGUCCCCAUCCAUCCUCCCCUCAAUACGGUGCAGUCGUCCUGUCCCCUUUGCAGAAAAGCAUCCCCAAAUAAUUAUGUUUCCACCUCCAUGCUUCACGGUUGGGAUGGUGUUCUUGGGGUUGUACUCAUCCUUCUUCUUCCUCCAAACACGGCGAGUGGAGUUUAGACCAAAAAGCUCAAUUUUUGUCUCAUCAGACCACAUGACCUUCUCCCAUUCCUCCUCUGGAUCAUCCAGAUGGUCAUUGGCAAACUUCAGACGGGCCUGGACAAGCGCUGGCUUGAGCAGGGGGACCUUGCAUGCGCUGCAAGAUUUUAAUCCAUGACGGCGUAGUGUGUUACUAAUGGUUUUCUUUGAGACUGUGGUCCCAGCUCUCUUCAGGUCAUUGACCAAGUCCUGCCGUGUAGUUCUGGGCUGAUCCCUCACCUUCCUCAUGAUCAUUGAUGCCCCACGAGGGGAGAUCUUGCAUGGAGCCCCAGACCGAGGGUGAUUGACCGUCAUCUUGAACUUCUUCCAUUUUCUAAUAAUUGUGCCAACAGUUGUUGCCUUCUCACCAAGCUGCUUGCCUAUUGUCCUGUAGCCCAUCCCAGCCUUGUGCAGGUCUACAAUUGUAUCCCUGAUGUCCUUACACAGCUCUCUGGUCUUGGCCAUUGUGGAGAGGUUGGAGUCUGUUUGAUUGAGUGUGUGGACAGGUGUCUUUUAUACAGGUAACGAGUUCAAACAGGUGCAGUUAAUACAGGUCAUGAGUGGAGAACAGGAGGGCUUCUUAAAUAAAAACUAACAGGUCUGUGAGAGCCAGAAUUCUUACUGGUUGGUAGGUGAUCAAAUACUUAUGUCAUGCAAUAAAAUGCAAAUUAAUUACUUAAAAAUCAUACAAUGUGAUUUUCCAAAAAUUACAGACCUCUACAUGCUUUGUAAGUAGGAAAACCUGCAAAAUCGGCAGUGUAUCAAAUACUUGUUCUCCCCACUGUAUAUCCACAGUAAAAACAAGUCCUAUAUCGACAUAACCUGAAAGGCCGCUCAGCAAGGAAGAAGCCACUGCUCCAAAACAGCCAUAGAAAAGCCAGACUACGGUUUGCAACUGCACAUGGGGACAAAGAUCGUACUUUUUGGAGAAAUGUCCUCUGGUCUGAUGAAACAAAAAUAGAACUGUUUGGCCAUAAUGACCAUCGUUAUGUUUGGAGGAAAAAGGGGGAUGCUUGCAAGUCGAAGAACACCAUCCCAACCGUGAAGCACGGGGGUGGCAGCAUCAUGCUGUGGGGGUGCUUUGCUGCAGGAGGGACUAGUGCACUUCACAAAAUAGAUGGCAUCAUGAGGAAGGAAAAUUAUGUGGAUAUAUUGAAGCAACAUCUCAAGACAUCAGUCAGGAAGUUAAAGCUUGGUCGCAAAUGGGUCUUCCAAAUGGACAAUGACCCCCAAGCAUACUUCCAAAGUUGUGGCAAAAUGGCUUAAGGACAACAAAGUCAAGGUAUUGGAGUGGCCAUCACAAAGCCCUGAUUUCAAUCCUAUAGAAAAUUCAUGGGCAGAAUUGAAAAAGCGUGUGCGAGCAAGGAGACCUACAAACCUGACACAGUUACACCAGCUCUGUCAGGAAGAAUGGGCCAAAAUUCACCCAACUUAUUGUGGGAAGCUUGUGGAAGGCUACCUGAAACAUUUGACCCAAGUUAAACAAUUUAAAGGCAAUGCUACCAAAUACUAAUUGAGUGUAUGUAAACUUCUGACCCACUGGGAAUGUGAUGAAAGAAAAAAAGCUGAAAUAAAUAAUUCUCUCUACUAUUAUUCUGACAUUUCACAUUCUUAGGAUCACCACUUUAUUUUAACUGACCUAAGACAGGGAAUUUUUACUAGGAUUAAAUGUCAGGAAUUGUGAAAAACUGAGUUUAAAUGUAUUUGGCUAAGGUGUAUGUGAACUUCCGACUUCAACUGUAGGUAGGUAUAAAGUGACUAGGCAACGGGAUAGAUAAGUAACAGCAACGUAUGUGAGGAGUCAAAAAAGAGAUUAGUGCAAAAAGGGUCAAUACAGAUAUUUCAGGUAGCUAUUGGUUUUACCCACUGGGUAUUGUUCUUCAAGUUCCGAUGUGUCUUACUGUAGCAGAAUAUACUGCAUUUUCACUUGUUAACAGUAUGUGUUACAGUAAGUCAAACUCAACUUCAGCUGUGGCUCAAUGAUACAUAAAUAUGUGUGAGGCCCCAUCACCACCAUCAUUUGUUUGUCCUUGUGUACCAUCGGACUCAUUGUAUGUAAACUAGUAUUGAUUGUGAUAAUUUGUUUUUUAGCCCAGAUACCUCCGGUAUUCUGCCACCAAUAGUGGCAGACUCUGAAGUCUACAAAAUGCUGCAAGAGAACCAAGAGGCUGAUGAGCCUCCUCGACAGUCAGCUUCAUUCAAAGUGCUGCUGGAUAUUCUGGAGUCAGGUACUUACUCACACAUAUAUAUGCAGCUGAUAUUUACACUGAGUGUACAAAACAUUAAGGACAGAUUUAAGUGCCUUUUGAACGGGCUAUGGUAGUAGGUGCCAGGCGCACCAGUUUGUACCAAGAACUGCAAUGCUGGUGGAUUUUUCACGCUCAACAGUUUCCCAUGUGUAUCAAGAAUGGUCCACCACCCACAGGACAUCCAGCCAACUUGACACAACUGUGGGAAGCAUUGGAGUCAACAUGGGCCAGCAUCCCUGUGGAACGCUUUCAACACCUUGUAGAGUCCAUGCCCCGACGAAUUGAGGCUGUUCUGAGGGCAAAAAGGGGGAGGUGCAACUCAAUAUUAGGAAGGUGUCCUUAAUGUUUUGUACACUCAGUGUAUACAGUGCAUUCGGAAAGUAUUCAGACCCCUUCACUUUUUCCACAUUUGGUUACAUUACAGCCUUAUUCUAAAAUGGAUUAAAUCGUUUUUUCCCCCCAUCAAUCAUUGCACAAUACCCGUAAUGACAAAGCAAAAACAGGUUUUUAGAAUUAAAAAACUGAAAUUACAUUUACAUAAAUAUUCAGACACUUUACUCAGUACUUUGUUGAAGCACCUUUGUCAGCGAUUACAGCCUUGAGUCUUCUUGGGUAUGACGCUACAAACUUGUUACACCUGUAUUUGGGGAGUUUCUCCCAUUCUUCUCUGCAGAUCCUCUCAAGCUCUGUCAGGUUGGAUGGGGAGAGUCGCUGCACAGCUAUUUUCAGGUCUCUCCAGAGAUGUUCGAUCUGGUUCAAGUCCAGGCUCUAGCUGGGCAACUCAGGGACAUUCAGAGACUUGUCCCGAAGCCACUCCUACGUUGUCUUGGCUGUGUGCUUAGGGUCGUUGUCCUGUUGGAAGGUGAACCUUCGCCCCAGUCUGAGGUCCUGAGCGCUCUGGAGCAGGUUUUCAUCAAGGAUCUCUCUGUACUUUGCUCCAUUCAUCUUUCCCUUGAGCCUGACUAGUCUCCCAGUCCCAGCUGCUGAAAAACAUCCCCAUAGUAUGAUGCUGCCACCACCAUGCUGCACCAUAGGGCUAUAGUAUUGGCCAGGUGAUAAGCGGUGCCUGGUUUCCUCCAGACGGGACGCUUUGCAUUCAGGCCAAAUAGUUCAAUCUUGGUUUCAUCAGACCAGAGAAUCCUGUUUCUUAAAGCGCCUUUUUUUAUAUUUUCCAGGGUUUUCCAAAUAUUUUAUGGCAGUGUUGUGGCUUAACAAACCAUGAUAACAUGUGUCUCCUCUUGAUUGCAGAUCCUGAUAAGCCCUCUGGUUUUAGGAGUGUGAAAGCACCUGCCACAAAAAUCGUCUCAACAGUGGGAAAUGCAGACAAGUUACCAAUCUGUGACAAAUGUGGAUCAGGGAUUGUGUAAGUACAGCAUAUGAUUCUUCAAACAAUCGUGAUCUGAUGAUAAUGUUGUAAACUUUUCAUUUUGCUCACAGUGAUUUGACGAGGAGAUCAAAGAUCAGCACUCCUACUCUAAAAUGCUUUAUGACCCUGGGCUCUAUUUUCAGCAGGCGUUAAACCAGCCAAUUGUCAAACGCAGGCUUCUUUGCAAUUUCGACCUGUUAAAGCCGGCGCUCUAUUUUCAAACCCUAGCGCCGGGAUUGGUAAUUUACCUGUUUUAUAUGAGCUCGCUUGUGCUGUGGUGGGAAUAUCCGAGGUGUGUCCUUAAAAAUGUGCGCCAAAAUGCCAAUUUUAGUAUGCACUAGUGGGGAUAUUUAAGACCAACUGAAAGCUGGUUUUAGCAGUAUCGCAAUUGGUUAUUGCAUGGAUUUCGACAGCGGAAGCGCAGCAUACCCAGCCGUGAUGCAUAGUGCCCAUAUGCACAUGGAACAAGAGAGAUUUAGUGCCCGUAAACCUCGUAUUUAGAAACAUAAAAGCUGUUUUGUCCCCAUUUCAUUAGAUUAAAAAACAAGCAUAGCCUCCCCUCUUCUGCAUUCGCCAAAUAGUCAAGACGAUCUAUAAUGGGUUUGGCUCGUGAGACUGCUUUGAAAUAAAUCUUAAUCACCAAAGCUUUAUUAAAAGAUUUGUUUUGGAAGCAGCAGCAAAACAGUGAGAGGACAUCCCUGUUGACACUCGUAUUUAGAAACAUUUCAGUUAUUUUCCUGUAACAAUUGCUUGUUUUUCGUUUGAUUAAAAAAUAAGCUCUUUAUAGUAGGCUACCCUUACCCUACUUUAACGAAAGCUGGUUCAAGCCAAUUACAAUGUUGACUGUCAACACUCUAAACAUAGAGCAAACACUGGAUUUUUUUUAUUUUUUACUUUAGCCUGUGGGGCGGCGCACAAUUGGCCCAGCUUGUCCAGGGUAGGGGAGGGAAUGGCCGGCAGGGGAUGUUGGUAGAGCAUGGCGUUUGCAACGCCAGGGUUGUGGGUUCGAUUCCCACGGGGGGGGGGGGGGGGCAGUAUGAAAAAAAAAAAUAUAUAUAUAUAUAAUGUAUGCACUCACUAACUGUAAGUCGCUCUGGAUAAGAGCGUCUGCUAAAUGACUAAAAUGUUAUGUAAAUGUAGCCUAUGCUAUUUAAUAAACUGUAGUAUCAAUGGACUAGGACGAGAAUAUUCCGUGCCCCCAGCAGAAUUGGAGUUGAUAAGCAGGACAUAGACACAUAAGCAGGACACAGACAGGCAGUCUAAGUAGUGAUUUUAUGUCAUUUUUUUCAGGUGGGGAGUUACAUGCAGCUAUCUAGACAGCAUAUCAAACAUAACAGGCACAGACUGGCUACUCUAGCAAAUGUCAAUGUGCUGUCAUCAAAUGAUACGGUGUUGCAUGAUCAUUGAGAAGCGAAAUAUCAGUUGUAUGUUAUUAAUGGUAAAAUUCAGAUUGUUUUGCCCCAAUGCAAUGUGUAGACUGUCCUGUUUAUGUUUGUGCUGCUCCAAUUUCGUAGUUACAACAGACAGAAGGUUGAAGCUACAAGUCGAUCAUGUUGUCUAAAUUAGCCUACAAAAUACAUAUUUUUUUUGUUAAGUUCGUUCAAAUCGUCAAAUCAGCUGUUCAGAAAUAUGAGAGCGAGACAUACGUCAUCAUGUCGAUUUUAAAAUUGGCUGAUAGUUAAAGUAACACGUGCAGAAGGUGAUACAGUUGUUUAGCUCUGGGGCAGAUGCGGGCCCGCAGCCUCUGACAAAAUUAAACGUAACAGUGACAGGAAAUGAGCAUCUGUGUACUAAGUCAGAGGCUGCAUCAGUGUGACCGCGCCAAUCUGAUAUGGGUCACAUAAAACUGAGUGUGGGCAAUCAGAAUAAAAUAUUGGAUAUACAAAAAAUAAUUAUCUGAAUUGGCUGUUUAAACGCAGCCUCAGUUGCUACACUAAGGGUGUUUUCACACACAGUUCUGAGCUAUAGUUCGAAUCAGAGUUCGAUUAUCUGUUACAUUGUAUUUUGUUUCAUUUGGUCUGGUUGGUUUCACAUUGCCAAAUGUCAAACGAACAAAAAUUCCUGAACAAAACAUGUCCAUGCAAGUCAUUUGUUUAUUGGAUGCUCAUAUAUUAAAAACAUCUAUGAUUAUCAUGAAGCAUCACGCAUUAUCAUGAAGCACCAAUCUUCAUAUUACUUUCGCUCUGGUCUUCCAACAACAUGCAUGAGGAAACGUGCAAUAGCCGCUGUAACUGCGACGUGAAUAGGCUAUAUUCAGUAUCGCCCCAUCUCCCCUAAUCUGCAUCAGAUGCGCUCAUAAAUGCGCUGCUAUACUCACACGUUUCAGAGAUAUCAAGUUAUGAUGCUGUGUGCAUUUCAUCAAAUGCUCGCAGUCAAACAAACAAUAAUACUGCGCGAAUCUGGUUAUUUUCCUGUGUUUGGUCCGGACUGCGUUCUCACCUGCAGUGAACCGCACCACGGUACGAAUUUAAUCGGACCGAGACCACCCUUUUUGAACGACCCACGGUGCGCUCCCGAGUGCAGAUGGUGUUCACACCAGUCAAAACGAACCGAACUAAGGGGUUAAAGCACCAGAGUUUGGAAAUAACGCUCCAAAACAAUUCGGUAUGACAGCCCCCUAAGAUAAAAUAUCUUAGUCUUAUCGUUUAACUUUUUUCAUACUGGUAAUUGUCUCAUCCUUGUGGUUUCUUCUAGAAUGUCACAGCAGAAGUGUUUUGUCACAUGGCAAUUCAAUUGGCUGAUAUAGAGCCAAGCUGUGAGCAUGCUGCCAACAGCUGUGUACUCAAGGGGUUGUUAACUCUUGGUUAAGAAUUGUUCAAACUUAAGAGAUGCUCUAAGGGUGCUUGGACAUGCCUUCUGUGUGACCUUCAUGGUGGAUUGGGUGACAAUAUUAGGUGUUUUGUCUGUCAUGAUCCAAGAAGGUGAAACGGUGUUAGUCACUGUGUGUGGUAGGGAAAAACUGCAUCUCAGUUUCAAUUUGUCUUACUAUUUUGAGCACAAAAAAAAGGACUUAUGCUUCUAUGAACACUCCUACAAAGGCAGAAAUGGUUGUCUCUGUUUUUAGAAUGUAUUUUAGACCAUUUGUGUGUCUUACGUUUAGAUAUAACACUUCAUACCCUCUUCAUAAUGUAUACCUCUUUAUUAGCCAUGCUAAUGCACUGCAUAGGCUUUAACUGCUUAUAAACAUCUAUGACUACAUUUAUUGAGCAUUAUGACCAAGGCUGUAAAAUGGCUUAUGAAGAGUUAUUAUGCCCUAUGUGGAAAGCUCAUUAGGAAUGAUGUGCUCAUCAAGGGGUAUAUUCCAAUUCCCCUGUGCACCCUCUCACGCAUGUAACUCUGUCUUGCGCACCAAACAUGAUUGUGGAACCCCUCAUGACCCAAUUUCCCAAUGAGCAUUUCAUAUUGGGCAUUAAAAACUGGGUAGUUCGAGCCCUGAAUGCUGAUUGGCUGACAGCCGUGGUAUAUCAAGGGUAACACAAAACAUUUAUUUUUACUGCUCAAAUUAUGUUGGUAACCAGUUUAUAAUAGCAAUAAGGCACCUCAGGGGUUUGUGGUAUAUGGCCAAUAUACCACGGCUAAGGGCUGUAUCCAGGCACUCCGCGUUGCGUCGUGCUUAAGAACAGCCCAUAGCCGUGGUAUAUUGGCCAUAUACCACACCCCCUCGUGCCUUAUUGCUUAAUUAUAAGACUUUGUUACAUGGUUUUAUGCUGCCUGCUCAUAAUGCUUCAUGAAUGUUGUUAGAUAUUUAGGAAAAAUCCAGAAAAUCACAUUGUAGGAUUUUUUAUGAAUUUAUUUGCAAAUUAUGGUGGAAAAUAAGUAUUUGGUCAAUAACAAAAGUUUCUCAAUACUUUGUUAUAUACCCUUUGUUGGCAAUGACACAGGUCAAACGUUUUCUGUAAGUCUUCACAAGGUUUUCACACACUGUUGCUGGUAUUUUGGCCCAUUCCUCCAUGCAGAUCUCCUCUAGAGCAGUGAUGUUUUGGGGCUGUCGCUGGACAACACGGACUUUCAACUCCCUCCAAAGAUUUUCUAUGGGGUUGAGAUCUGGAGACUGGCUAGGCCACUCCAGGACCUUGAAAUGCUUCUUACGAAGCCACUCCUUCGUUGCCCGGGCGGUGUGUUUGGGAUCAUUGUCAUGCUGAAAGACCCAGCCACGUUUCAUCUUCAAUGCCCUUGCUGAUGGAAGGAGGUUUUCACUCAAUCUCACGAUACAUGGCCCCAUUCAUUCUUUCCUUUACACGGAUCAGUCGUCCUGGUCCCUUUGCAGAAAAACAGCCCCAAAGCGUGAUGUUUCCACCCCCAUGCUUCACAGUAGGUAUGGUGUUCUUUGGAUGCAACUCAACAUUCUUUGUCCUCCAAACACGACGAGUUGAGUUUUUACCAAAAAGUUAUAUUUUGGUUUCAUCUGACCAUAUGACAUUCUCCCAAUCCUCUUCUGGAUCAUCCAAAUGCACUCUAGCAAACUUCAGACAGGCCUGGACAUGUACUGGCUUAAGCAGGGGGACACGUCUGGCACUGCAGGAUUUGAGUCCCUGGCGGCGUAGUGUGUUACUGAUGGUAGGCUUUGUUACUUUGGUCCCAGCUCUCUGCAGGUCAUUCACUAGGUCCCCCCGUGUGGUUCUGGGAUUUUUGCUCACCGUUCUUGUGAUCAUUUUGACCCCACAGGGUGAGGUCUUGCGUGGAGCCCCAGAUCGAGGGAGAUUAUCAGUGGUCUUGUAUGUCUUCCAUUUCCUAAUAAUUGCUCCCACAGUUGAUUUCUUCAAACCAAGCUGAUUCAGUCUUCCCAGCCUGGUGCAGGUCUACCAUUUUGUUUCUGUUGUCCUUUGACAGCUCUUUGGUCUUGGCCAUAGUGGAGUUUGGAGUGUGACUGUUUGAGGUUGUGGACAGGUGUCUUUUAUACUGAUAACAUGUUCAAACAGGUGCCAUUAAUACAGGUAACGAGUGGAGGACAGAGGAGCCUCUUAAAGAAGAAGUUACAGGUCUGUGAGAGCCAGAAAUCUUGCUUGUUUGUAGGUGACCAAAUACUUAUUUUCCACCAUAAUUUGCAAAUAAAUUCAUUAAAAAUCCUACAAUGUGAUUUUCUGGAGAAAAAAAAUCUCAAUUUGUCUGUCAUAGUUGACGUGUACCUAUUAUGAAAAUUAAAGGCCUCUCUCAUCUUUUGAAGUGGGAGAACUUGCACAAUUGGUGGCUGACUAAAUACUUUUUUUCCCCACUGUACAUUUAUAGUGCAUGCUCAUGAAGCAUUGUAACUGCGCAAAUAAUGCAUUAUGAAGAGGAUUUUCAUAAGAAGUUUUACAUUAAAAAAUUUAUUUAUUUAUUUGACCUAACCAUUUUACUAUGUGAUCUCUUCUUUCCCAUACACAGGGGGAUGGUUGUCAAGUUGCGGGACAAGUUCCGUCACCCCGAGUGCUACACCUGCUCAGAUUGCGACAUCAACCUGAAACAGAAGGGACAUUUUUUCGUGGAGGACCAGAUCUACUGCGAGAAGCACGCACGUGAGCGAGUGUCUCCACCCGAAGGCUAUGAUGUGGUCACCGUCUUUCCCAAGUAG